AUGGCCCCAUCUGAAGACCCCGAUUCCACGCCCGAGGCACGGACUUCAAAACGGCGCCGCGUCGCCGUCGCCUGUGAUGCAUGUCGGACUCGAAAAUCCCGAUGCGAUGGCAUCCGGCCUCGGUGCUCACUAUGUACGGAUCUGGGCUUUGAAUGUAUUUAUACGCCUCCAGCGACAGCGACAAAUGUCAUCGUACAGAAGGAGUAUCUGCAUGGUCUGGAGGGUCGAGUCAAGAAACUGGAGGAGGUAUUCAGGGUUGUCAGAGAUGAUGUUGAUGGAUUAUCGGUUCGCGUUGAUCGGGCACCGGAGUCGCGGUCUGUGAAGAGUAAUGAUAAGCAAGGCGCCGUUCCUGUAUCUGAUCUUGUUGGGCUGGAGGACUCGGUUGAUGCGAUGGGCACGAUCUCCUUUGCUGAUGAGGAGGAUUCUGGGUUUUUUGGUCCUUCUUCAAAUAUUGCAUUCCUGAGACAUUUGUCCGGUGCAGUUACUCAGCAAGGAUAUAUCUUAUCACCAGGAACUGCAGAGGGCGGGUUCGUGAGUGUCUCGAAACCGCCAUUGCCACCGCGUCAAUCGGCGCAGGAUAAAGUCAAUGUCUUUGCAUUACCUCCUCAGUCAGAGACAUUGGCUUUGAUUCAUCUCUAUUUUUCGGAAACGGGGUUACUCUACCCUUAUAUCUACCCGCCUACAUUCUUGGCGACAUAUCACCACAUGGCGCAGGAAAAUUUUGCUGGAGUUCGAAAAUCCUGGCUUGGGCUUUUGAAUAUGAUUUUGGCUAUCGCCACUAUCACAGCCGAGUCAAAUGGUGUCAGUGCGGAUACUCGUAUUGCUGAAUCACACGUUUUCUACCAACGUGGUCUUGGGCUGUGUGGUGGCGAGCUAUGGCGUGGCACUACUUUAGAGCUUGUUCAGUUUCAUCUCUUGGCGGGUCAAUACUUGCAGGGUACUCAGAAGUCUGUGCAGGUAUGGAAUGUCCAUGGGCUAGCAGUGAAAGGUGCUCUGCAACUUGGACUUCACUCCAAGCACGCAUCUCGAACAUUCAGUCCCAUAGAGCAAGAGACGAGAAAGCGUACCUGGUACUGCUGUGUUAUGCUAGACAGAACCCUGAGUAUGACCUUUGGACGGCCGGCUGCCAUCCCAGAUAGCUAUGUGAAGCUGGAACUCCCCUUGGUACACCAGUUGGAGUCAUCAUUGGCCUUUGUGGACGGUGAAACAUCCAGUCUCAGUGUCUCUUUUUUCAACUCGACCGUCACUCUAUACAAAAAUCUCUGGAAUGUCCUCGAAUCUCUAUAUGGUCAAAACAUGGGCUGCGAGGACCCCCUACCAGUCAGCGAAACAAUUGCGCACGUCUUCAGCAUAGAACAAAACCUCUUUUCCUGGGAAAGAUCCCUCCCCAGCUCCUUACAGCUAGUCACAAAAGACAACCUGGAUGAAAUGCAGCAAGCAAAGCUUUCCGAAACACAAAAGUUCUCCUGGAAGUUCCGCGUGAUCCUGACACUACGCUACCUUAACCUCAAAGUCCUGCUCCAUCGACCCGUUCUCGUCAAAUUCAUCAUCGCCAGUCGAUCUCCUAACCGUGAUCCUCAAGACAUGAAGCUUCUACAGCAGAUAGGCAUGAACAGCGUGGCUAUAUGUACAAAAUCCGCAAUGGAGAUCAUCGAUAUUAUCUUUUGCGUCGUGUCGGAUCCUCGGUGGAAACAAAGCUUGUUAGGUGCAUAUUGGUAUUCGCUUUACUACACCUUCAACGCUGCAUUGGUAAUUCUGGGCACUGUUUUGGUAUACCGUGAUACAAGCUUAACUGGCUGCUCGAUGGCUGCAGAAGCGAGAGAAGCGAGAGAGUACCCCGGUCGCGCCGUCGCGGCGCUUUCUAAACUCGAUAACAGCAACCGGUUGAUUGACCGCUGUCGAUGUUUCCUGGAACAUUUUAUUAAUCUAUUGGCUGGUCCAGGUAAGAUUAUGUUUCGCUAUUUCCAAGAGAAUCCAUGGUUGACAAUUUCAGAUACUGAGGGUCCAACACCUCCUUUCCCUACUUUGAGUACUAAUCAUGAUGACCUCCCAGCCGCGGAUUUUGAUUUUUCGCCCUUUGGUAUGGAGCUUGGAGAAUUCAUGAUGGAUGGGGACUUGAUUGCGAUGAUUGAUAAGCAGGGAUCGUCCACAGAUACAGGACCAGGGUAUCCUGCUUGA